AUGGAUACCACUUUUGACGAUACCUUCCUCUACGACUUCUCGCAGGCUGUUGAUCCUGCAGAUUUCUCAAGCCUUACCCAACUCGACUUUGAUGAUAACACCAUCCAAUGUCUUCUGGACAACCCACAGGAUUUUGCAACCAUGUCAGUUGCCCCAGCCACCACGCAGCCUCCUGCCGACCAAGGGUUGAGGACGCCGGACAACCAUGUCCAAUUUGCAGACCCCCCUACGGAAGCGGAGGAGAUAAAGAAGUUGCUCCAAAACCUGGCCACUCGUAUCGAAGAUCUUGAGCGUGCAGUGUCAGAUGGCAAUUGCCAAAUCAACCAAAUUGGUUUCAACAUUGACCGAGCAUUGCCGAAGCUUCUAAGCGCAACGGAAGAGUUCCGAGAAACCAUUGACAACUUGCGCAAAAGCCUCAAGGUUUUCUCCCGGGAACUGGUCAACCAUUUACUGGGCUGGUACGUCGAAGGGGAUGCUGAGGCAGAGCAGAGCACGUGA